AAGAAAAAGGACCUUCAGCAAAUGCUUAAAUCUAUCGAAGAUAAAGAAGCCAAAAUGAAAGAAAUAGCUAAAACCGACAAAGCAAAAGCGACGGAACUGAAGGAUAAGAUGGUAUGGAAGAGCGCUAUAGAAAAGGCGAGGGGUAAUAGAGUCAAGGAUGAUCCUAAAUUGUUAAGAAAGACUAUUAAGCGUCAAGAGCAAAAGAAAGAAAAAAGUAAAAAGGAUUGGAAUAAUAGAGUGCAAGCACAGCAGAACGCCAUGAAGGAACGUCAGAAGAAACGAAAAGCUAAUAUUAAAGAGAGAGUACAACGUAAAAAGGUGAAGAAAAUCAAGAAA